AUGAACCUCGAAAACGACUUUCCUCCUGCUGCCGUGAAUGGGAUUGACGGACUCCCAACGCAAUCUAAGCGCCGUAAAGGAGCGACAAUGUCACAACCGUCAAAUUCUAUGUUUCUUGACGGAGACGACGAUGGAGGCGGUGGAAGAGAAAAUUCAUGUGACAGCGAAGGAAUGCCACACCCCCGAGCAUCCAACAUUCAGAUUAGAGGUGAAAAUAACGACGCUUUUUAUGAGGCGGAAACCGAGGCUGAUACAGACCCCGAUUCCCACCAUCAGUACUACCACUUAAUGGAUGACGGCGCUUCUCUCCUUCAGGCCGUCGUCUUUGUGGAAGACGCUUUCCACUACAGGUCAAUCCACCAUAAAGUUGACCGCACUUCUUUGAGACUCUACCGAUUCCAGUACUCUUAUCUGACCACCACGGUCAGUUAUCUACAACCAGUUCCGUGGCUAUUUCUUAAAUUCAAUGCAAUCGAGCCUCUUCCGUCGACGGGUGGCUACAAGAGCCGCAUACGAGGUCUUGCGAUGUCAGAAUCACUAUUCAAGUAA